AUGCAUCCGCAACGCCCGUCCGGGAUGCAGAGACAAGGAUCAGGAAACCAGGUCUACUUAACCCCUCGCGGCACCGGCCAGCUGGCGCCGCCGGGCUAUGCGGCAUCGUCCUACCGCGUCGCCCCAGCAGGGGCACAGGCGCCGGUACCAGUACCGGUGCCGCCUACGAUGUACCCAGCCGCCCCGACGACCACCGUGAGACCGCCACAGCGGAUGACCUCCGGGGGGAAGCCCCGGCUGUCGCAAUUCGUUGCUCCGGCAGGUAGUGCGGUGGUCUACCGCUCCAAUGAUCCGUCGCCCGUCCCCACGGAGACGGCUAGUGUGGCCCCGAUUGUUCUUCGCCCUCCUCCUCCUGGUGGAGGCCUUACGCUGGACCAGACACUGCAGCGACCGGACACCUCGCGUCAGGAGCCGGCGAACAAGGCACCGGCCACCCGGGCGCCACUCCAGCAGCCACUUCUGCCGAACGAGGACCUCGAGAAGGCGGUUGCGGCGAAAGAAGCCGAGACUGAGCCAGUUGAGGCACAAGAGGAGGAGUCGCAGCUCAUUGCGUGGACGAGGCCCUCGUUGCUUCUCGCUGCAGGCGUGGUGGUCUGGAUUUGGCCGGAAAGGAUCUUCGCUGUGCUCUUCUUCUUCGCCGCACUGCUCUGCACACCUCACGUGGGCGCAGUCUUGCGCCGCGGCCUGGCGCUGCCCAGGCUUGGACUCUGGGGCUCGCUGGCAACGUGCGUCGUGGACUUGGUGGCUGGGCUGGGGACUGCACUCUGGGAGAGAUCUGACCGGUGGAAGCCACAGCUGGACAAGGCCCUUGAGGCGGACUCGGAUUUCUCGAAGAGCAUGAGCAAGUACAUCUUGCAGGUGGCCGGGAACGUCAGCUCGUCGCUGUUGCAGGAGAAGUCCCGAUGGCUUUCGCCCAUGGUCGACGCCGUCGGCGACGUGGUCCCGCCGGCCCUGUCCAAGGUCAUGAGGAAGAAGGACGAGUGGACGCCCGCACUUGUCGCCCUCAUCGGGGAUGUGGUGCCGCCAGUUCUGGUCAGCGUGUUGCAGCACCGGGCGAAGCAGUGGACGCCAGCUUUGAUGGAGUUCGUCGCCGAAGUCACGCCAAAGAUCGUCACCAUUGUUCUCGCGAGGCCGGAUCUGCCCCCAAACAUUGCGAGCUUCGUCGACCGCUCUGGGCCAACACUGGCCCCUGCCGUCGUGAGGUUGAUCGACUUGGUCAUCGAAGAUCCCCAGAUGAUGAGGACUAUCCGGAAGAUAACGGACAGUAGCAUUCGCGACGAGGAGAUGAUCAACCGGAUCAAGGGAGUUGACAUGCUUUCGACCCUGCGUGUCAAAGUUCACUUCCAGGCUUUACGACGACGUGACGACUUCAGCGCCAGCAUGGCGCAAAAGGCGGCAAGGACGGCAAAGGCCUUAAGGGCGCGGGUCGCGAUCGAGGGCAAAGCGGUCAACGACUUCCAGAGUGCUGGAACGCCGGGGCCGGACACGGACCUCGCCGACGAUCAACAAAUGGCGGGAGGCUUCCGCGAGGACUCCAAAAUCACCAUCACCGUGGACGCCCGGCCAGAUCCAAGGAUGGGCUGGAGGACGUGGAGGGCUUGCAGGCUUGGAAGGACCGAGGCUUCACACCAACUGCGGGGGAUCCCGAUGGCUGCGGGUCAAGCCAUUUCAGUGCAUCAGUUCGACCUGGAAUACGCCUUUGCCAUCAUGGCAUCAAGCAAUCGAAAGUUAUCCAGCUGCAUCGCCUACAACAUUAGGAUGGCCAAGCGUACUGCAUGCACGGAAGCGGUUGAUCAUUUGUGGAGCGCACCGUACAGCUUGACAACGGGUUAUCUCACUGGCAGAUGGUGUCUUGGCAUACCUGAGCACGCCCGUGUGGAGAUGAAAGCUGAGGAUCGGAGUUUGAUUGUCUGUUCCUCACAGGCCGCCGAAACUCGAACCGAGACGCGAAUGUACACGGAGAGCGAGUGCCAGCACUGGUCAGAGAAAUUGGUGGCGCAUGUUUUGGAAGAUGCGGUCAAACAGUUGGAAAGCCAACUGGACCAGAGGGAAAGACAUUCUCCUGCGGUGGUUGGGUCCUAUGUCAGCUCUCACGACAUCAGUGGCCAUGGGCAAGCUUUGCCGGCCCAAAUAGGACCAGCACAUAGGUCAUCGCAAGGCCCUGAAGCACCAACGGUGAACAUGACAGGCUCAUCAUUCUUUGUCAGUGAUUUCGUGCUGUGUCUGGCCUUGUUCAGAGACCAGGUGCGACACAUCCAGGCGCUCCGGCAGUUUCUCCUCUCGCUGAAGGCGCUCUGCCCCGUCUGGGCUGUGAGGGACGCUGAGAAGGCCUUCCUUGCCUCCUCCUUCGUCAGGAAGAGGUACGACGUCAAAGAAUGGCCGAGCCUUAUGCUCGGGCCAUCUCUUGCGCUGCACCCGGUCCUUAGCGAGCUUUUCUGGGAGUUCGGCGACGCCCAAGCGAAGUGGCAGACCUUCCACACUGCCUCUGCGCGCGCGGAGGAUGGAGCUGAGGUGGCCGGGAGGCGACUCCUCGCUGGCGCGGAGGCACUGGGCCAGCUCUUUGAGUACCGGGUGACUACCUCGGACCUCGGCACGGGGGUGAUCGAUUUCACCCGGGAGAUCGACUUCGAUGACUUUGAGCAAUGGCUGAAGAAGGAGAAAGGUGUGCGGCUGGCAGACUCCGGAGUUAGCUUCAACAAGUACAAGUUCGGUCUGAUCAUGGGUGGCAUGAAUGGAGCUUUGGCUGAGCUUCACCGGCUGCAGGAGAGGGCCGAAAAAGUGUACCUGGCCAAGCUUUCCGAUCGAGCCGAAGUGGAGGUGGAGCAAGAGAUUCAGAGGUUGUCGCAGCCGACCUGGGAUCUUCAAGAGGAGGCAGCAGAUUUCCGGGCCCGGUGGCAGCAAGUGGCGAGGGUGCGCAGCGCCCCGGAUGUCGCUGCUCAGCUGGUGUUGUGGGCUCGGCAGGCCUUGCAGCUGCGCGGAGAGGUGCCGCCGUGGCUGAAGACUCUGACCUUGUCUUUCGCACAGGCGCUCCAAGCGCAGGGGCCGGAAGAGGUGGUGGGAUCUCAUGCACAGGGGCAAGAGUCGGCGGCAUGCGCAUCGCCCUUGGAAGUGGCGGAGACAAUCAAGAGCAAGCUUAGCCAGCUUCCAACGGAGCAAAUCUUGGACCUGCGUGCGCUGCAGAAGCUUGAGAGGCAAAUCCUUGGGCCGGGAGGCUCCAUGGACAGUCUGCUUCCCGGUCACGGAUCUUUCCUCAGCUUCCUAGCGCAGACAACAGAGCUACGCGAUGCAGUGGAACAGCGCAUGUGCGGCCCUGCCGCAGUCGGCUUUGGGCCUGGCCUUCAGUGCCUCGGCGCCGGGGCCCUCAUGGCAGAGGCGGAUCAGCUCCUGAAGGAGAUGGCCCAGACUAGCGCGCUCUUGGACUCCGAGCUUCUCGGGCAGUUGGAGCAGCGACUGAACCAGCGCCUGGGAAAGCAAAGUCACUGGGCGGGGCAGACCUCCCUCGCAGAGCUCUUCCGGAGCCAGGUGGCCGGGCUACAGAGCCUCCACGCCACGGAAACGCCAGCGUCCCUGGCCUUCGGGAGUGGCUGGGCCCUUCGCGUCCGCGAUGUCAAGGCCUUCCAGCUCCUGCAGCAGCACGCCCUGCGCAUCCUUCGCAUGGGAGGCCGCGGCGCGAUGCAGUGGCACUUUGGGGCUUCCGGUGCCCAGCAGAAAGGUACCCAAGUGCUGCAGUCGCUUGGCGUGGCGCCGCACUUUGGCGCAGGUGGUGCGGGCACCGCACCUGUGCUUUCUGGAAUAUCCGUGGAGGCGACGGCCCUGGCGCAGCUGCGAAGGAUACCGACCGGAUCUUCCGUGCCCGCAGCGACGGGCGACGCAGAAAGCGAGCACGCGGGGCAGGCGGCCCGGGCCAUCCGUGAGAGCGAGCGCUCGCCUCCCGCGGAGAUGAUCUACAGAAUCGAGGAGCCACAGCUGUCAGGCCACGCCACAGUGGAGCAAGCGCUGUACAUGCUUCAGAGCCUUGACUACCUGGAAGAUGUGGAGGAGUCGCUCUGCUGGGAAAGCCUCUUUGCACCCUCUUUGGGUGCCUUAGAUGACUUUCUUUGCAAGCAGGCCGAGGCGAGGCAGCUCGAGCAGUGGGGCCUCAGGUUUAUGAUCCCUUCUCCUCCGUCCUUGGCCUCUACAUCGCUGUCCCCACGCUUCGUCAGGGUGCCUGCCAACCCGCGGACGGAGGACUUGCGCGAUGCCGUCGCAGCAGGCCAGGCCGGCCGGGCCGCGGCGCUUUUGCUGGCGCUCUGCGUCGAUGACCCUCUGGACCUGCCGGCACUCUCCUUCUUUGUGAAGGAUGGCUUGGGAGUAUUGAAGGAUCGCUCCACGGCACCUCCGGUCCGGGUCGCUGCAGCCUUUACCGUGGCAACCUUGCGCGCGUUGCCACCGAGGCUGAGGGCCGAUGUGGGCGCGGAGGCCCUACUGCCUUGCCUGAAGGAGGAAGUCGGAUGGGAAGCGGCCUGCUGGGAGGCCGCAGAGCUCUGUCAUUGCACUCCCGUCCUGGCGGCGCUGGGCGCGGAGUGGGGGGUGGCCACCUGGGCGCUGCCCUCGGCGCCGAGAUCGUGGGACCUUGCCACGGGCGAGGCCGAUUUCUUACGGGCCCUUGGCCGGACACAUGUGGGAGUGGACGAGGUACCGACGGCCGAAGUUGGCCACCCCACCCCGGCAGAAGGCCAGGGGCCGGCCACCCACGCAGAGGUGAAGAAGGAGCCGGCUCCGCCUCCUAAAACUCCCGAGCCCUCGGCGCCUGCAAAGCCCUCGGCCGCCGGGGAGGUGACUUUGGAAGAGGACCAGAAGUACCACAUCCUGGAGGAGAUCCGAGAUGGCUUCUGCCUCAACCAGAGCGAUGCAGCACAACUCCAAAGGAAUCUAGGCGGCGCUCUGAAGCGGCUUGGCGACGACCUGUACCGGGAGCAGCACCACUUCGUCUUCGAACUGCUACAGAACGGGGAUGACAAUACAUACCCAGACGGCGCAGUCCCGUGCUACAUGCUGCUGCUCUGCGACAAUAUGCUGGUCGCCUUAUCCAACGAGGUCGGUUUCAACCAGGAGAACGUGAAAUCUUUGUGCUCCGUUGACAGCUCGACGAAGCCAAGACAAGAGGACGGAGCUGAGCGGAUCGGAAAGAAGGGUAUCGGCUUCAAGUCGGUCUUCAAAAUCACGGACACGCCCACAAUUCACAGCACGGGCUGGCAUUUCCGUUUCGAUGCCAACUUGAGGGUGCAAGGCGUGGACAUCAAGGAGUUGGGCUACAUCGUCCCUGAGGCGAUGCCGGCGGAGGACAUGCGCUUCCCAUCCUGGACGACGGAGAUCCGGCUGCCCUUCAAGAGGGGCUUGCGGCACGAGGAGCGAGGUCUUCUCCGCCAGGAUUUCGAGGCGCUUGGUGGCACUCUUCUGCUGAACUUGAACAAGCUCAGGCGCUUGACUCUGUGGAAUUGCCCCGCCGACCAGCCGCUGCCGUCCGGGGAGGGUGUGCGGCCGAAUGAGGAGGUCAUUGCCUCUGGCUGCCGCAACCUCCGAUGCAUGGACCUUUGCCUCGCCAGGCCGCAUCCGACGCCUGAGGGCACGGUGCACUGGAAGCUGGUGCGGAUCUUUGAUGGCCAGGUGCGGGACUGGUUCUGCGUCGAAGGAUCCUUCCCCUUCCAGGCGGCGUCGGACUCCAGGAAAGUCCGGAUCAAGCUCUCCUUCCCGCUGCCGGUGGAAGUCUCAUCCGAUGCCUGGCUGCGGCAGGAGCUUGUGGCGCAACAGACGUUCUGCUACCUUCCUCUCCGAAACUUCGGCUGGCGGCUGGUCCUUCACGCCAAUUUCGAUGUCACUGCAUCGCGCAACGAGCUGCACAGCAACAGCCCAUGGAAUCUGCGAAUUAAGAAGCUUCUGCCGAAGCUUCUUGCGACAAGCGCCCACAUCUUGCAGCAGAACUUAAUGCUUACCCCCAUGGCCGAAGGCUCGUGCGUGCUGCCGCACGAGGCCCUUGCGCAACCCUUGGAGAUGGAAGGCCUCACCAGCGAGGCGAGUGAACGGAGCAUCUGCCAUGUGCCCUAUGCCUUCUUCCUGCGUUUUAUGCCGCUGCAGGGAGACUUGGGCGGCGGAAGCAGCCUCAGUAGUGAUUUCUUCGGAGGCACCGAGAACCAUAUCUGGCAGCAGCUGCAGUCGGAGAGGUGUGUACUGGCGGCAGAUGGACGAUGGUUGGAGCCGCCAAGGGCCUUCGAGGCACCAUCCGAGGUGGAAAUGAAGAAGGUCAUACCGCAAGAGCUUCUGUCGGAAUUCCACGAUGGCCUCUGCUAUCUGCACUCGGAGUUCGUUGGACUCUCCCCGGCUACCCUUCGCCAACUCGGGGUGAAGACUCACGAAAGCGCGUUUGACGUGCUCUUCAUCGUUUUGCAGCGCAUGUCGCAGGCAGCUCGCUUGACAGACGUCGACUUCCUGCGCCAGAGUUUAGCCUUGGCGUACCGCCUGAUCUAUGGAAGCGGUGCACAGGACCUUUCCGGCAUGGAGACGGCGAAUGGCAGGGUGAGGCGUCUCCGCACUCUGCGGCUUUUGUCCCUGCGUCGCCUCGGCGCCGAGCCUGCCGCGGCUGCCGAUGCAGGGCUGUUCUUGCCAGAUGCUGCCCAAGGUGUUCCCGAGGAGCUGCUCCAUUGCUUGGAUCUGAAGAUAGUGACCCCUGCGCUUUUCGAUGGAGACGAGGGAGGUUUGGUGCGAAGGCUGCUGAUGGGAAUGGGACUCCGCGGCCUCACUCCGGCAGCGGUGAUCGCAGAUGGCGUGGUGCCCUUUGUCAAGGAGGCGACUGCAGCGGACGCCGAUGCCGUUGCCCUGUGCCUGGCCUUCGUGGCCAAGAACCGAAGCUGCUUCCCGGAGUGCGAGGAGAUCUGUAGUCGAAGAGGUCGAGGACCAAAAGGCUUUGACAGGAUCUUGCGGACGUCCCUCCGGGUGCCCUGCACUUCGCCAGGCUCCUCGGAGACCAGCCUCAGAGAAGUUUCCUCGGGCCCAGUGGUACUCGGCACACAGCUCCACGAGGCCCUGGCUCGUGAGAGCAGUGGCGAAGUGGCCGAGGCCCACUCCGUGCUCGCCGCGGCGGCGAGCGCCGAGGGAAGCUGCGCCGCCUGCGCCGGAGAGCUGCAAAAGGCGGCCGGCGCUUUGGGGCUUCCGCUCCAGGAGAUCGCAGAGUUCCUGGCCGACUACUGCGGAGUCACACUGGGCCACUUCCCGGUGCAGGCACGGUCUGAUGUCCUCGUAGCCGGGCUUCCCGAGGCUGCCCCGCCACAUCUGCAGGAAGCGAUGUCCCAGCUUGCCGGGGAUGAGGAGCUACGGCAGGCCUGCGUCACCGUACGUGAUGUGGCAUCACCGGAUCUGGAGUCGGCACUACGCUCGGGUGCGAGCGAUGUCCACAAGCUGGUGGUGGCAUCCUACAUUCUAGAGCUGCAUCGCAACAUGACCGCCACCCUGUCGACCCCGGCGAAGUCCGUCUCUGCACCCUCGGCCAUUUCCUUUCACCUCUCCUCGGUGCCUUGGCUGCCUUGUGCCGAUGCACGUCGUGCCAAGCCCACUGAGGCGCGUUUCCUCUGGGAGUCCCCGAGUAGCGGGAUCCGCGGGACCCUUGCAGCAGAGCUAGACAGCAAGGUCGCUGUGCGGAAUUUCCUGGAAAGGAAUUUGAGCAUCGUCAGUGAACGGACGGUGUCCUGCCAGGAGGCAUUCCGCAAGCUCUUGCAGGAACUUGGUGCCCGCCAGCUAGGUGCGGAGGAUGUGCUGCGGCUACUCACCGAGUGGUCUGAGUCGGGCAUGUCGGAAAGCACGGAGGGUGAGAUGACCUCCGCCUACGAGAGCCUUUACAUCCUUCAGAAGCACCGUCGCGUGGCAGAGGUGGACGACGCUUUCAAGCUGCAUCAGAGGCCUCUCAUCUUCGUGCCGGAAGAGCCGCGCCUGACGAAGUCUUCACAGAAGAACAAGAAGAUGCAUGGUAGAUGGCUUUCUGUGCAAGAGUGCUGUGUCAUGGAGGAUCGCAAGUUCUCUGAAACGAUGCGGCGGAAGCUUUCGGAGCUCGGGGCCGUGCGGGAGCUCGAGCUGCACUAUGCGAUCGUGCUCAAGGAGCCCCUCAUUUCUUUCGGCGUUCGAGAGUGGCCCACAGAGGAGCAUCGCAUUCACAGUAUCGCGCGGGCCGGGCGAGACAAAAGCCUUGAUCAUGCGCUGAGGAUCGCUAACUGCUUGAUGGGCGACCUUUUCCGAUGGCUUGGCCCAGGACAGGGCCGCACGACGCAGGUGGCCGAACUGGAUCGCGACACAGUGGAGGAGCUGCGUGGCCUCUUUGCCAAGCACGCAGCGCUUCCCACAAUCAGUUCGGGCUGGGUCACCUGGCCUUGCCCGGGGCCGAGCGAGGACACCGCGACCGAGGAGUCACAAGACGUCGGAAUGGAGGUCUUUCUGCCGUCUCAGCGCGGAGGAGACAAUCGUGGUCGAGCCGUGCUUCACCCUGGCCUUGGGAGGUACUUCGCCAAGUUCGAAAUGCUUGGAAUGAAGCGCGUAGAUGUGGCCGGUGAGACAGUGUCUUCCCCACCGCAGACCGAUCCUGCCACGGUAACACCGCCUCUGGAGGUGAAGGGAGAUUUGGAUGGCACGCCACUGGUCGAAUCACUUCGAAUCACUAUGGCCUACAUCCAGCUGUGGUUGCAUGAGCUGCACCCUCCGAUCUACCAGGCCGUGGAUCGCCGAAGCGAUCGGCUUCAGCAGUGGAGCAUUCGCGAGGCAGAGGAGCUGGUCCUCGGAGGCCGGCAGCUGGUCGCGCACCUCGCUGCGGCGGCUGGUGUACUCUACGUCCGAACUGGCACCCGCGGCAUGCACUUGCAACAUCCGCUGGCGUUUUUGAUCGGGAAUCCGGCCGUCCUGGGUCUCGGAGACAACCAGGGAGCUGCCACAGCCAAGGCUUUGGCCACGGAGAUCGCAAUUCGCCUCGUGGAAGCUACGCAGCCAGGGAACGCGGCUGUCAACGUGAUGCGGCAAUACGGACUUUGCUCAGAGGCGCCGCCUUCUGCAGUUCAGCUUCCGUGGUGGUUUGGGAAGGCUCCGCUGGCAUUGGAGGAGGUGGAGUCCAAGACCGUCGCCAGUAGGCGACCAGCCAAGCCUGGUGAAGCUGAGCGAGGCGCCUUGGAGUCCGAAGCCUUCGCCUUGGGCUCUGGCCCCCCCUCGCCACCGAAGAGUGCCCAGGCAGAUGCCCAGCGUGCCGAUGGCGGUGGGAUGGCCUCGGGUCCUGUACGAGGGGAGCAUCCCUCUUGCUCCGAUGCUGGCGGAAGCCCUGAGUCCGGAUCAGAUCCUAGCCAGGCCUUGGUGGCUGCACUCCGUGGCGCGGCCGAACUGGGCGACACGGCGGAUCUUUGGAGCCAGGUGGCACGGCACGCCAAGCAGCUCCAGGAACGGGGAAGAGCAGCUGGAGAAGCCUUGGGACAGCAGGAGAGUGAAGGAAAUCCGGCGACAGCUGAAGAUGGGGAAGAGGAUCCCUGGGCCGAGUGGGCUCGGAACCGCGCCGCGGGGAUCGAAGCAGCGGCUCCGCAAAGUGAACAGCAAAAGGAGGCUCCAGCGCGCCCUGUGGCUGGCUCCGUGCCAAGAAGUGGGCCCUAUACAUCUUCGUCUUCCUCUGGCCCGUCGGUGGCACCAGGGCACCAGCCGAAGCGAGACGAGGCGUCGGGUGCUCGUCCUGCCGGCGGGCUGCCGGCCUCGGCGACGUUGGCUGCAGAGGAGGCUGCCUCGCUGCUGGAAGACUUGGCCAAAAGGCCGCGGAGUGGCCGAGAACUGGCAUCGUGCGCAGGGCGCUUGCGGUCCCUGGCAGAGGAGCGCCUCGCCCAUCACGUGCAACUGCCUUUGCUGCAGUACUUGGACGUGGAUUCCGAUGCCCUGUUGGACGUUCCUCCCGAUGGCUUCGCAGUGCCAACGCAAGGACGUCUUUGUGAGGAAGAUGAACGACAGGUGGCGAGUUGGGGCGAACGCUGGGUCUUCCAUUACCUCAAGCGGAAGUACGCGGAUCAGCCAAGUGUAGUGGUGAAGUGGCUGAACGACGAGGAGGAGCAGUUCGAGUUCUACGAUGUCGCUGUGAGAUUCCCGAACGGAGAGCAGGAUUGUUACGAGGUGAAGACGACGAUCACAGGGGACAACAAACCCAUGGAGGUCUCGGAGAGGCAGGUGCUCGAGGCAGCGAAAUUGAAGCAAAGCUUCAACUUCGUGCGAGUGUUCGGUGCGGGUGGGGCUGCGCCGAAGAUGCUGCUGAUCCCCAAUCCGAGCUCUCAGUGGCUGCAAAAGGCGUCGACCGGAGUCCAACUGCUCGUGAAGUUGCCAUGA